AUGCUUGAAUCACUCAAGCUAGAGAUUAAGACUUGGGAGCACGCAUUUAGCACCCAGAACGGAAGACCGCCCCAGAAGGAAGACAUCAAGCGCGACGCCGCCAUUGCCCAGAAGUACAAGCACUACCGCACCCUCAAACUAAGUAGCACGAAACCCAAAACAUCGGAAACUACCAAUACGCCUGCGUUGCCCGCUGUCACCUACGAUGCGACUACCGUGUCCCACAAUGUAACGCCCAUCAGAUCCCGCUACAUUUCACCCUCCGUCUUCCAGACCCAAACGCCCAUCAAAACGUCGCCUACUUCUGGGCUCUACGAUUCGCCGCUGGGGCCGUUUCUGUUCAAAGAGCUAGGUCCUACACCACAGCUUGAUGGCCGGGUGAUGGGUUUGUUUGAAAUCAUCACUACACCCGGGUCUACCCCCGAGAAGCCAGCCCCUGCUCCUUCAGUCCCAGUGGAAGCCACCCAGAGAGAAUUCACAACACCAUCCAAGCGCCCCAGACGGUUGAGUUUCGGUAGUUGUUCGACGCCUACGCGGAAACACCUCAACUUCGAUCCUUCAGAGGACAUGCCCUCUCCCCGGAAACUAACCAGUUCCCCCAAACGGGCAAAUCCCAGAACCCCACAGCACCAGAUGGCUGCGGCAUCGGCAGAAACCCCAUCGGCGUACUUUCGCGCAUCACGCAGCCAUAUUGCCCCCACAAAGACCCCGGUAAGAGCCCCCGGGGCGCUCUCGUUGACAUCUCCGUCGCCGUUUGGCCCCUCGCGUAACGUCCGUAAGUCGUUGUCCACUAUGUUUAACGAGAUUCAGUCGUUCCUGACGACCAAGGAGGAUGAAGAGGUGAUUCAGGAGUUGCAUCUCCAGCGACAGAUCGAGGCAGAGGAAGCAGAGAUGGAACGCAUGAUCGCAGAGGACCAGGAGCGAAACAAGGAGGUUGCCCGGAACUACAAAGGUGGGAAGCCGUGGAAGAAGAAGGGCCAGAAGAGAACUACCCGAAAGGUGCGCAUCAACGUCGAUCCAAGAAUGGUUGCCGAGAGAAUGAAGAAGUCUCAGUAG